AUGGCACCUUUGAAGGCCUUUGCGGCCUUCGCUGCCACUUUUCCUGUGCAGUUAGCGUAUUCUAAACAGGUUAAUUUCAAUCUUGACCUGACUUGGCAAAAGGGUGCGCCCGAUGGCAACGUGCGCGAGAUGAUCUUCAUGAAUGAUCAAUUCCCCGGACCCGAACUGCGCAUUGACUAG